AUGGAAUUUCAUGCAGUUAUCUUGUGUGGAUCGGGUAAAGCCUUGUCUCCAUUUUCUCAGGUGAGAUCUACGGGGAUGCCCAAGGCGCUUUUACCGAUUGCGAACAGACCUAUGAUUGAUUAUGUAUUGGAAUGGUGUGAAAAGGCAUUCUUUCCGAAAGUGACAGUGGUAUGUGACACUGAUUCUAGCGAACAAGUGCAAAAGGCGUUAGAUCAAUACAAUAGCGAAAAGAGUAAAAAGGAAAAGGCUAAGGAGGAUGCGGACGGCGAUGAUGACGACAGCUCGUUCUCACGGUCGGUGGAGAUAUUGGGGCUUGACAGCAGUUCUAGUGGUGAGGUAUUGUACCAUUUGUAUAAGACAUCGGCGUUGAAGACGAAUCCACAUUUUGUGAUCUUGCCGUGCGAUUUCAUAACCAACUUGCCUCCACAAGUAUUGAUCGAGGCGUACAGAAAUAGAAACGAAUCGGACCUUGGGUUGAUGGUUUAUUAUAGAAAUCAGCUUGAUAUAGAAGAUAAGAAAUCGAAGAUUUUUCCUAAAAACUAUACGAUCUAUUCUGACUUGCCCGACGGCCAAUGUCAACUCUUGGACAUCUAUUCCAAGGAGGAUAUUGAUUUCCACAAGACGUUACAAAUAAGAACCCAGAUGUGUUGGAAAUUUCCUAAUUCGACAAUUAGUACCAAGUUAUUGAAUGGCUCAGUUUUCUUUGGAUCAGUGGACCGUAUAUUCGCCGUGUUUGACCAGGAAGACAAAUGCACAGAAUCGUAUUUUCACGAUAGAUCGAUCACCAAGGUUAUCCGUGAUUUAUCCAGAAGAUCUUGGAAACACUCGGAUCCCAAAGAUACUGUGGGAUUUUGCAUUUUACCUGAUCAGGCUACUUUUUUCAGGGUUAAUAAUACACCAGUAUUGAUGGAAGCCAACAGGCAUUUUAUGAAAUUGCAAGCUAUGGCUAAGGGUCAGCACCAGCAACAGACAUCGCAUCCUAAGGAUAAAGCAUCUGCUAAUAUUGGAAUAGAUUGCUCGAUUGGAGAGAAUACGUCUGUUGGAGAAAAGACAAAUGUUAAAAGAACUAUUGUUGGUUCUUCUUGUAGUAUUGGAAAGAGAGUUAAAUUAACAGGCUGUCUCAUUUUAAAUAAUAUCACGAUCGAAGAUGACGUUCAGCUUGAAAAUUGUAUAUUAGGAAAUGGUGUUAUCAUACGUUCUAAGCUGAGAUUAACCAAUUGUAACGUUGAAUCGAGUCUCGAGGUUGCAAAGGGUACUCAUUCAAAGGGUGAUACUUUGUUAUGUCUCUCUUUGGAAGGUAUUGUUGAGGAUGAUGAAGAAGAGUUUGCAGUUGAUUCCGGUGAAUCUGAUUCUGACGAUGAAUCUGGAAGUGACUACAGCUAUGAUGAUUAUGAUGAAUACGAUGAUAAUUCAGAUGGAUUAUUCGCUCAUUGA